GCAGCCGGCCAGAGUUGUAGCACUCUGCCCUCAGGCGGAGAAGAAACAAGGUUAUAUAGGUACGCAAAACAAAGAGCUUUCCGUGGGAGAAAUCACCUGGCAGGCCCUGCAGACCUGCUCUCAUGGACGCAGCGUUCCAAGAAGCUGGGAGACCUUCACUGCUGGCCUAGGUACAGAACUAGGUAUCUGUUAAGCAGCAUUCCGUGGAGCCGGGGGAGACCUUGACGGCUGCCCACUCAUCUUCCUGUGGGCCAGGGCAUUUCAGCGACACUGUAUACACAGCUGUGUUUGGUGGCAGUGGCUAAUCUUCACUCUGUUGGACUGACUGUACGUUAUGCUGACAUUGUGGAAGUGGAUCACAUGCUCUUAUCGACCUGGAUUUUGACAAUGUCAAGAAUUACACUAUAUCCCUGUUUGUUUUGGAUACACCACUGACUUCCAUUUCCAGAAGACACAGACAUAUUGCUUAAGCAACCGAAGAUCUUAAACUCACCAUGAAGAAAAACAUUAUCAAUACACAGCACUCUUUUGUAAACAUUCCCAAUGUGAUUGUACCAGACACGGAAAAGGAAAUAAGAAGGAUGGAAAAUGGAGCAUGCAGCUCCUUUUCUGAUGAUGAUGGCAGUGCCUCUGUGUUUGAAGACUCCGAAAGUGAAAGCCCCCUCGCAAGGGAUUCCUUUAGAAACAAGUCACGCAGAAGGGGAGGACUGUCACAGAGGGAGCAGUACCUGCCUGGCGUCAUUGCACUUUUCAAUGUUAACAACAGCAGCAAUAAGGAGCAACAACCAAAAGAAAAAAAGAAAAAGAAAAAAGAAAAGAAGAGCAAGUUAGGUGAUAAAAAUGAAAAUAAAAAGGACCCAGAGAAGAAAAAGAAGAAAGAAAAGGACAAAGAGAAGAAAAAAAAAGAGGAGAAAAACAAAGAUAAGAAAGAAGAGGAGAAGAAAGAAGUCAUGGUUAUCGAUCCCUCAGGAAACACAUAUUAUAACUGGCUGUUUUGCAUCACCUUACCUGUUAUGUACAAUUGGACUAUGGUUAUUGCAAGAGCAUGUUUUGAUGAACUUCAGGCUGAUUACCUAGAAUAUUGGCUCUUUUUGGAUUACUUGUCAGAUGUAGUCUAUCUUCUCGAUAUGUUUAUACGAACAAGGACAGGUUACCUAGAACAAGGACUGCUGGUGAAGGAAGAGCUUAAACUCAUAGAGAAAUAUAAAUCAGACUUACAAUUUAAACUUGAUGUUCUAUCAGUGGUACCAACAGAUCUGCUGUAUUUUAAGCUGGGGUGGAACUAUCCAGAAAUUAGGUUAAACAGACUAUUAAGGAUCUCUCGAAUGUUUGAGUUCUUCCAGAGAACAGAAACAAGGACAAACUACCCAAACAUCUUCAGGAUUUCUAACCUUGUUAUGUACAUCGUCAUCAUUAUCCACUGGAAUGCGUGUGUGUACUACUCGAUUUCCAAAGCUAUUGGAUUUGGAAAUGAUACAUGGGUCUACCCUGAUGUUAAUGAUCCUGAAUUUGGCCGUUUGGCUAGAAAAUAUGUAUACAGCCUUUACUGGUCUACACUGACUUUGACCACCAUUGGUGAAACACCACCUCCCGUGAGGGAUUCUGAGUAUGUCUUCGUAGUGGUUGAUUUCUUAAUUGGGGUAUUGAUUUUUGCUACCAUCGUUGGUAACAUAGGGUCUAUGAUUUCCAACAUGAAUGCAGCCAGAGCAGAAUUUCAAGCAAGAAUUGAUGCCAUCAAGCAAUAUAUGCAUUUUCGAAAUGUAAGCAAAGAUAUGGAAAAGAGAGUAAUUAAAUGGUUCGACUAUCUGUGGACCAACAAAAAAACAGUUGAUGAGAGAGAAGUCUUGAAGUAUCUACCCGAUAAACUCAGAGCAGAGAUUGCCAUCAGUGUUCACUUAGACACAUUGAAAAAGGUACGCAUUUUUGCUGACUGUGAGGCUGGUCUGUUGGUGGAGUUGGUCUUGAAAUUACAACCCCAAGUCUACAGUCCUGGGGAUUACAUUUGCAAGAAAGGGGAUAUUGGACGAGAGAUGUACAUCAUCAAGGAAGGCAAACUUGCCGUGGUAGCAGAUGAUGGAAUCACUCAGUUUGUGGUUUUGAGUGACGGCAGCUACUUUGGUGAGAUCAGCAUCCUUAACAUUAAAGGGAGCAAAGCUGGCAAUCGAAGAACGGCCAAUAUUAAAAGCAUUGGCUACUCAGAUCUGUUCUGUCUCUCAAAAGAUGACCUCAUGGAAGCUCUAACUGAGUACCCAGAUGCCAAAGGUAUACUAGAAGAGAAAGGGAAGCAAAUCCUGAUGAAAGAUGGUCUGCUGGAUAUAAAUAUUGCAAAGGCUGCAAGUGAUCCUAAAGAUCUCGAGGAGAAGGUCACUCGAAUGGAAGGGUCAGUAGACCUCCUGCAAACAAGGUUUGCUCGGAUCCUGGCUGAGUAUGAAUCAAUGCAGCAGAAACUGAAGCAAAGAUUAACCAAAGUCGAGAAAUUUCUGAAACCACUUGAAACAGAGUUUUCAGCCAUUGAAGGAUCUGGAGAUGAAAGAGGGCCCGCAGACUCUACACAGGACUGAAAAGCUGGUUAUUAACAGGGAUAUGCCUCAUGAUCCUUUUGGUGAUGUGAUUGAGUUGGAAGAAGAGGAAGAUUCAGCUGGGGCAUUUUUCCCUAAGGAAAACAUGUUUUGGUCCAGGGCACACGGCCCAUGCACUCACCUGUGAGGUACCAUGAUUAAAGAAUCAUCACAUCUUAGGAUUUUCCACAAUGGAUAAUGUGCAAAGAUAUAAACUUGUCACGUGUCAGCAUCUAUAUCUUCUGAUUUUUCCCCCCACAUAUCCUCCCUUCGUGUAAUAGUGUUUAUAAAAGUGAAUAAGUGUCCCUCAUGUGCAGGCAAUUUACAUUGUUGAGGAAUAACUGGAAAGUACCAUGUACAUCACAUUCAGGAUACUAUUUUAAAAGAAUUAGAAUGCAAUAAAGUAAAAU